CAACGUGUAUACGCCACAGUCACCGUCCAUUCUUGUUUUGGUGUUGGACUUAUGGCGUUAGCUGGAGUUGGUUAUGGCAUCCGAAACUGGAGGCUGUUCCAGAUAGCCUGCUCUGCGCCCACAGCUAUAUUAUUACUUUACAUUUGGAUCCUACCAGAAUCCGCUCGGUGGCUUCUUACUAAAGGCAAAAAUGAAAAGGCUAAAGAGCUACUCCAGAAAGCUGCACGUACAAAUAAGCGGGAGUUCCCAGAGGCGUUACUAUUACAGUUACAAGAAGAAAAACUGACUUCAUCUGGGAACAUGUUGGAUCUGUUUAGGGUCCCAAAUCUGAGGAAAAAAACACUCAUUAUGUGCUUUAUAUGGUUUGUGAACGGUUUAUCUUACUAUGGUCUUAGUUAUAAUGUUGGGAGCUUUGGGCUGGACAUAUAUCUUACACAGCUCGUAUUUGGAGCUGUGGAAAUUCCAGCUCGUCUUGGAACCAUAUUCAUAGUGCAGAAUUUUGGAAGGAGGCUGAGUCAAGCAUUGUGUCUCUUAUUGGGAGGAAUUGUCUGCCUUAUUAUUACUACGAUACCAACAGAGUUAUCUGUUGUAAUCACAGUACUUGCAGUAAUUGGAAAAUUUGCAAUGGCGUCUUCUUAUUCAGUCUGUUAUAUAUAUGCUGCAGAGAUAUUUCCUACAGUCAUCAGGCAGAAUGGAGUGGGGCUCUGCUCUAUGACCGCCCGUGUAGCUGGGAUAAGUGCUCCGCUCAUUAGUCUCUUGGAUAAGUAUCACCCUGCUAUACCAUUGGCGAUUUAUGGCAGCUGCCCUAUCAUCGGUGGUAUCCUUUGUUUCUUAUUACCAGAGACUCGAAACAUGGACCUUCCGGAUCAUGUGCAUGAAACCAAUGGAAUUCCAAGAUCUGAUAGCUUGCCGAAGGAACACUUGAUUAACGAACAGCACAAAUUAUAUACAGAAAAGGAAGAAAAGAGUACUCGAUUAUAAACUGGAUGAAGGACUGAACAUCAGACCACAUUUAUUGUAGCAGGUCAACUGAUAUUGGAUAUGAUGGAUGAGAACAUUAAAGAUGGUAUAGAAGCUUAGUGUUCAGUUCACUCACAUGAGCACUUAGGAAUAUUUAUCCCAAAUUUGGUGUGAAUGGCUCAAUGUACAUAUGUAAAGCAAUCUAUUCAAGAUGGACUUAAACUGGGAAUACUAGCCUAAAAAACAAGUUCAUAGAUAAUAUAUAUAAUAUUCAGAAUUUAUGCCAAUAAAGAGAACUACAGUAUGUGAUAU